AGGAAAAGAAAAAGAAGACCAAAGCGGCCAGUUCCCAAGAACAUUCAAGUAAGCGGCCGGAAAGGUUUGCACAGUCCUCGUCAGCCUCCAGCAAAGGACAGACUAAUGCACGAGCCCCAGCAGAGAAGAACACUGUUGGAGAAGCCCAGCUGAAUGCCUACAUGAUGUGUCCCAAGAAGGGCAACAAGAACUGUGUCACCAUAGAGGAUAUUAAGCAGGCCACGGUCCUGCUGCUACAGGAGGAGUCUGUCCCCAUCCCUCUGUCCUUCCUGCACGUAAUGAAGCGCCCUGAGCUGGACACGUUUCUAGCCUCCCUCCUGCUAUACAUGUCCUGCUAUUUUGAGAGAGAGACUCUGGAGAAGAAGACCACGCCCCAUAUGAUGGAACAGAGUCUGACGGAGCUGAAAAUGCUGGCGGAAGCGCGUGCCAAAGUGGACCUGUCCCUGAAGCAGCUGGCCAUCCACUACUCCACGCUGCUCCUAGAGGUGUCCCUGCCCUUGCUGUCUUCCCGCAGGGGAAAAGCGUCAUCCACUAACAAGGACAGAGAGUUAUUUGAGUGCCUCUAUAGCUUCUUGUGCUACGCUGCAUGGGUGACAUUCAGCCGGAAGGAUCUUCGGGGCAUCCAGGAGGAGGUGGGCAGGCUUCUGUACUCGGACAUCUUCAACCCUGCACGGAAGAUCCGGGACAAGGAGAGGAAGGCCGUCCAGGCCCAGAAAGAGGGGGAGAAGGAGGGCAAAGAACCUCCCCCCACCGCCCCUGACGAAAGCGAGCCAGCACGGAGGCUGGACCUGAGCAAGGUGCUGACACAGCGCACCCCGCUGAUGGAGGCCCUGCUACCACCUGUGGGGCAAGCUGCCUCGCAGCUGUCCAGCACUGCCCGGUCGCAGAAUGACCCCAUGAUGCAGAUCAGCCCCAAGGAGAUCCUGCUGGACGAGCUCAAUGCUCAGCUCGCCUCUCUCAGUUUUGGGAUCUUGGGGAAGCCCCUGAGCCAGUUCAGCGGGCCCACCCUCCUGCCACAGGGGGUGGAGAGCAAGGACGAGGAAAAGGAGGAUGAGGAGGAGAAAGACUCCGGUAACCGAACACAAAGCAGGAAGACCUCCGACGUGGACAAGCUCGGCGGGCCCAGCCGGGAGAACGCUGUCUCCAGAGCCACCACCGAGGGAGUGAGCUCGGACCCAGAGUGA